AUGAAGCAACUUGCUGUCUGCUUCCCAAACGUGCUCAUAACACCAGACCAGAAGCGAAUAACAAGUUUUCCAGAAGAGUUCAACAUUGAUAAUGGUGGUCACUUCAUGAAUCAUGCCUUUCAUAAAUGUAUGCAGUUACUGGUGAAGAAAUCAGGAUGGGAAUACGCUUUGCUCCUGCAGAACCAUGAUAUCAUCACGAAAUCACCAUAUGAGAUGGUGGAGAUCUAUAAAUUGCUCGGUGGUGCAAAUGACGUGGAGUUGACAGCGUGCCCGGAGGACCGCUGGAAUCACAGCAAGAAAUGGGAUGCGCGCUCUCUUAAACUCUUUGUAAAUGAAAGUUCGGCUUCACCAACGCAAUUGAAUGCUCGUCUGAAGUUUGCAAAAGGUGCAACACAAGCAUCGCUUUCACGAGCCGCUGUGGAAUGGUUGGUCACAACAGUUAAUCUCACAACUCUUAUCACACAAAUAAAUGAACAGCCUUUUGGUGUUGAUGAAAUUCUGAUACAAUCAUUGCAAAUCACCGAAGAGUUGGAGAUGCCUGGACGAUUUACUUCUGAAUGCUUGAAACAAGGAAAGAAUACUGGCUUCAUAAGCAGCACAGUAGAGAAUCUGAAAGAGCUGCCAAGUGCUGGCAGUAGUAGUUCGUCAUUGAUAGCAGCGAAAGAAGUAACAGGACAGAAGAAACUUUGUCCAUGGAAGCGACCUUUUGGUGUUGAUGAAAUUCUGAUACAAUCAUUGCAAAUCACCGAAGAGUUGGAGAUGCCUGGACGAUUUACUUCUGAAUGCUUGAAACAAGGAAAGAAUACUGGCUUCAUAAGCAGCACAGUAGAGAAUCUGAAAGAGCUGCCAAGUGCUGGCAGUAGUAGUUCGUCAUUGAUAGCAGCGAAAGAAGUAACAGGACAGAAGAAACUUUGUCCAUGGAAGCGAAAUGUCGCACUGGAAUUAUGGCAGGAAAAGAACUUUGCCGAUCUCGAUAUGUUCGUCGAUCAAUCUGUGUUCUUGGGAUAG